AGAAAGCAGGAUUGGAAAUGUAUUCACUGGGUGUCGGGUCGCUGUGUCUACUCGCCAGCCGGUGCCGCGCUUUUAUGUUAAAAUCAUUAUAAUAACGAUGGAAACAAAAGCAUGCUAUCACUGCGAGCUGCAAAUAGACCCUCGACGCUGGGGACCGAUGGAGACGGAAUAGUGGUCGCAAGCAAAUUGGAGGGGAAAUACCAUUCUGCAAUAAUACCAAUCGGGCAGCACAUACAUAUAUACAUAGCGAGAUGCAUCAGCCGGCUACGGUCACAUCUUGACAAUGGAAGGGACAGAGCAAGAAUGCUGUUUUUUUCAUUUAAAUUAUUCAUAAGGACGUGCGGAUUGGAUUGUGAGCUGGUAGUGUUUUAUUGUACAACUUGAGUGCUUUACAAAGCUUUACAAAUACUGGAGUGUGGUUAUUCAUUGCAAUUUGGAAGGUAUGUUGCGUUUUCACCUGGAAGUCAUACACCUAUGUUACUACUAGCUGCAUCUUCACUCAAAACAGAAUACAAUUUGCACUUUUUCUAACGUUUUUUUGUUUUGUUUUAAAAUUAAACAAACGUGUAAAUAAAACAAUUGCUGUGUAAAAUGAACAAUUGCUACGGGCAUUCCAGCAACGUUUAGGUCCGGACUGUGACAAUAUUAUCAUUCUGUAAUUUUUAAGGGACCAUUUUUCUUUUGAUGUUUUUGCAACUAAAGAAUGUACCUUUUGGAUGGUAAUUGCCCUGAAAGGAUGCAGAGGGGAACCCCGCAAAGGAAAACCGUGUACCGGAUUUCUUUGACUCUGGUUAAAAAAGAAAAUGUGCUGGAUGAGGGAGGCGGGGGAAGCAGCGUGGCGCAUCCCAGGUUUGAUACGCCAAAAGCGGGCACUCACAGGCGGGAGGGGGCCUCCGAGAUCCAGCGAAGCUGCCUGUUGGAGGAGGAAGAGGAGGACGAAAUAGACGAUUUCUCCACACAGAACUAUUUGAGAAACUUCAGGACAUUUAGUACCGGUCACCUUGAACUCGGUAAGUUAAAAAUCUCCAGGAAAACGCACCUUUUUCACAAGGACCUGACUUUUAAAUUGAAAGUAGCGGGCAAUGCAGCAGGUUCAGCUGGCAUGGAGCUGAGCACAAGUCCGAAGAGAGACGGGAACCCGGCUCGCCCUGUAAGCAUGGUCGCAACUGUGAACAUGGGUUUGGAAAAUAAAAGGAACGUUUCGCGUUUAGGGGAAAGUCUGGGAGCUACUACUGUCGAGGUGUUUAAAAGGGAGCUUUGCACGAGUGAAAAGGGACCACAAGUGCUUACUGACACAGGCAGAGAAAAGGCAGCUAUAGCCGAGGAAAGUGCUGGUUCGGGGGACAGGGGAAACGGUACAGAAUCCAAAGACACACUUAAAACUGCAGGGGGCCGAGGUGCGCACCCGUCAGAGGUGCAAAGAGAAUGUCCUGAAAAAGGGCAGGACAUGGGGGGGUAUUCUCAGGACACUAAUGGUAAUUUCUCUGUCAGGAAUAGUAAGGAAUGUGAGAAUUUCAAGGCUGAAGCUCCCCGUUCACCCGUGAUAUCAGGACCCCCCUCCUUAGCACAGAGAGGGUCAGGUAAAAAGGACACUCCGCAGACACCCCCGCAAGCCCUCGACAAGAGGCCCACGGGUUUACUGCGCAGGAGCUUCAGCUUCAGACACUGGAGUGGUGGGGAGCUGCCCAGGAUCAGAGCCCUGACUCGGGAGAAGCACCACAGUAGCUCCAGCUGUAUUGGGGAAGGUGAGAGCAACGCCGUGGUCCUUCAGAACCCCUCCUGCAGUGAAGCAGGGUGCAGCGAGAAGAGGAACACCUUAGACGUGGGGGCGGUCCUGAAUAAAACAGAUUCCCUGACCAACCUGGGCAGGUGGGAGAGGGCGAACGGGAAGAACAGGACUCUGGAUAACAGUGACCUGCACAAGCUGUCGGAGAGGGACCUGGACGAGAAGGAAGGCUUCCUCCGCGGCGGGGUCAGGUCUAGCGGGCAGGAGCGCAAGCUGCUCAGGUUCUUCAGCGGCAUUUUCUCCAAAAAGGGCGGCACUUCCACGCCGUUUACGAGCCCCAGGGGGAACUCUCUAAGGGAUAGCAGUAGCGCCGCCAGGUCUAAAGGGUUUCUAAGCUCCCAGAAGGCGGCCACUCUGGGAUAUACACGGUCCAGCACUGAGAGUGUGAAUGGAUCUCCUCUUAAAGAUGCCUUCGUAAACAGCCAGGAGUGGACCCUCAGCCGCUCGGUCCCAGAGCUCAAAGUGGGCAUUGUGGGUAAUUUGGCCAGUGGUAAGUCCGCCCUGGUGCACCGGUACCUGACGGGGACAUACGUUCAGGAGGAGUCUCCAGAAGCAGACAUCGAUGCAGGUGGCCGCUUCAAGAAGGAGAUUGUUGUGGAUGGGCAGAGCUACCUGCUGCUCAUCAGAGAUGAAGGGGGCCCCCCGGAGACACAGUUUGCCUUGUGGGUGGAUGCUGUCAUCUUUGUCUUCAGCCUGGAGGAUGAGAUCAGCUUCCAGACGGUCUAUCACUACUACAGCAGGAUGGGCAACUAUCGCAACCCUGCCGACAUCCCCAUGGUGCUGGUCGGAACCCAGGACGCUAUCAGCUCGGCAAACCCUCGAGUCAUUGACGACGCCAGGGCGAGGAAGCUGUCCAAUGACCUGAAGAGAUGCACGUACUACGAGACCUGCGCCACCUACGGGCUCAACGUGGAGAGGGUCUUCCAGGAUGUUGCCCAGAAGAUUGUAGCGACUCGGAAGAAGCAGCAGCUGUCUAUUGGACCCUGCAAGUCUCUUCCCAACUCCCCAAGCCACUCCUCUGUGUGCUCGGUCCCCAUCUCCACAACACACAUCAGCCAGACGAGCAAUGGCGGAGGCAGCCUGAGUGAUUACUCCUCCUCCGUCCCCUCCACCCCCAGCACCAGCCAGAAGGAGCUGCGGAUCGACGUCCCGCAGAGCGCCAACACGCCCACGCCGGUGCGCAAGCAGUCCAAGCGCCGCUCCAACCUCUUCACCUCUCGGAAAGGAAGUGAUCCAGAUAAGGAGAAGAAAGGACUGGAAGGCCGGGCAGACAGCAUUGGAAGCGGCCGCGCAAUCCCAAUUAAACAGGGUAUGCUCCUGAAGAGAAGCGGCAAGUCUCUGAAUAAAGAGUGGAAGAAGAAGUAUGUAACCCUGUGCGACAACGGCCUGCUCACCUACCACCCCAGCCUUCAUGACUACAUGCAGAACGUCCAUGGCAAGGAGAUCGACCUGCUGCGCACCACCGUGAAGGUGCCAGGGAAGAGGCCCCCCCGCGCCAUCUCCGCCUGCGCCCCCCUCUCCAGCCCCAAAACCAACGGGCUGACCAAGGACAUGAGCAGCCUGCAACUCUCCCAGGCACCAGGCACAGUGACAACCAGCACAUCGGCAUCUCAGAUGGCCAGUGGGAUCAACCUGGUUGCCUUCAACAGCCGACCGGACGGGAUGCACCAGCGGUCCUACUCUGUGUCCAGCGCUGACCAGUGGAGCGAGGCCACUGUGAUCGCAAACUCUGGCAUCAGCAGUGACACAGGCCUGGGUGAUUCAGUGUGCUCCAGUCCCAGCAUCUCCAGUACCACCAGUCCCAAACUGGACCCCCCUGCCUCCCCGCAUGCCAACAGGAAGAAGCACCGGCGGAAGAAGAGCACCAGCAACUUCAAAGCGGACGGCGUCUCCGGUGCAGCCGAAGCCAAACGUAAAGCUUGGAAACUAAACCGUGUUGGUAGCCUGCGCAACAUUUACAACAGCAGCAGCGCCAACACUGAAGAACAAGAGGAGAACUUUGAGUUCAUCAUCGUGUCACUAACGGGGCAGACUUGGCACUUCGAGGCCACCACCUAUGAGGAGCGGGAUGCCUGGGUGCAGGCCAUCGAGAGCCAGAUCCUGGCCAGCCUGCAGUCCUGCGAGAGCAGCAAGAACAAGUCUCGCCUGACGAGCCAGACAGAGGCCAUCGCCCUGCAGUCGAUCAGGAACCUGCGUGGAAACUCUCACUGCGUGGACUGCGAAGCACAGAACCCGGACUGGGCCAGUCUGAACCUGGGAGCCCUGAUCUGUAUCGAAUGCUCAGGAAUCCACCGGAACCUCGGCACGCACCUGUCCCGGGUUCGAUCCCUGGACUUGGACGAGUGGCCGCUGGAGCUCAUCAAGGUCAUGUCGUCCAUCGGCAACGAGCUGGCCAAUAGCGUGUGGGAGGGGAGCGCGCAGGGGCGCAUGAAACCCACACCAGACUCCACCAGGGAGGAGAGGGAGCGGUGGAUCCGGGCCAAGUACGAGCAGAAGCUAUUCCUGGCGGCCCCUCCUCUCACUGACCUUCCCCUGGGGCAGCACCUGUUGAGGUCCACUGCAGAGGAGGACCUGCGCAUGGUGGUGCUGCUGCUGGCACACGGGGGGCGAGACGAGGUCAACGAGACCUGCGGGGAGGGAGACGGGCGCACAGCUCUGCACCUCGCCUGCCGCAAGGGCAACGUCGUCAUCACACAGCUGUUGAUAUGGUACGGGGUGGACGUGAUGACCCGGGACGCCCACGGGAACACAGCGCUUGCGUACGCGCGGCAGGCCAUGAGCCAGGAGUGCAUCGACACACUGCUGCAGUACGGCUGCCCCGACGAGCGCUUCGCUCUCAUGGCCACACCCAAUCUGUCCCGCAAGAACAACAACCGCAACAACAGCAGCAGCGGCAGCAUCGUCGGGGCGGGAAGGAUGCCGACCAUCAUUUGAUGUACUGCACCCUGGUGACAACCCCUGGCACUGCUGCUUCUGUUUUGAUUUUGAACACAGUCCUCUCCAUUUUUUUUUUUUGGAUUCCAGCCUGAAAAUACAUAUAAAUAAAUCUACCUGGACUUGUUGGAGAAUCAUUUCUAAGAGUUGGCCUGGAGGUUGAGGAAAAAACCACUUCCCAAGAAAAUUAGAGAGUAACUUGUUUUCUUCAUAAACUGUGGAUUAUUAUUAGAUUUUCAACCUUUCUGUACUGAUAAAAGCAGUCUCACACACACCUCUCCUGUGACAUGUAGGUAUCAUUUAGUGGAAACCCGGAGGCCAUUGUCCUUUGCUCUAGAACUUUGGAAGAGAAGCAUUUUCACAUCGUUUGCAUUCCCGCACCAGUGGAGCUGGGAACUGGGUCUUGGCUCGUCCCCAUAGGAAAGCCUGAAAGGCAGAGUUAGAGGUCUGGGCAGGAUUUUGUUAGGUUGUGAAGCUCUUAUGAUGGUUUGUGUCAAACCAGUCAAAGCUAAUCUGCCCGCUGGGACCAUCGGCUUCAUUGCACUGGUACAGCCGAGUCUCUGUCUCUGUCUCUGUCUCUCUCUGUCUCUCUCUCUCUCUCUCUCUCUCUCUCUCUCUGUCUCUGUCUCUGUCUCUCUCUCUCUCUCUCUCCAGUGAUGUUGCUCUUUCGUAGCUCUCUGUAAAUACUGAAUUAUGGGGAAUUUGAAUAUUAGCCGGGCGCCAGCUACGCCGCACGCUUCAUCACUCAGAAGAAUGAGGAGUGUGUUUUUGUGUCGUUACUCCAGCCUGGGACCUUGAAUACACCAUUCUGCACUCCGUCAUGACCAGAAUUCUCUUCAUAGCGUUCAGAACAGAAGAGACAAGAGAAGGGAUUUUAGUUGGAAAUAUGUACAUAUGUGAAGAAAAAAUAAUCUGAAGAAAAACUAACAUUAAAAAAAAUAAAUAAAUGAAAAAUGUUUAAGUGUAUGGCUCUGCGGUAGCAUUUUAAACAACGUACUUUUGGAAAGCAGUAGGUGACUUGUUUUUUGUAGAUAAUUGUUACUGGUCAGUUCAGAACAUUGGUGGUUCUCUUCAAGAAUUCAAAAACAUUGUGGUUUUGUUUCAUUUUUUUGUUUUGUAUAUUUUUCGCUAAGAAACUUGACACUAUUUUGUUUCCACUGCUGUGAUUCUUUGACUAAAUUAUGGAUUUUUUUCUUUGGUAUUCUCUGAUUUUUAAAUGAUGCAAAUGUGAAGAUAUCUUGGUGUAUAUAUAUAUAUAUAGCAAACCCAAAUAUCGAUGUAUUCCUAUGUAUAAGUGUGGAAGCAUGUCUUUAUUGUUUUGUUUUGUUUUGUGUUUUUAAGUCAGUGAAAAGUUGGAGUUAGUGCACUGCGACAGAAUGCGGUACAUUUUGUCACACAGUGUUGGACCAGUAUAUACUUGGGAACUCUACAAGAGCCAGUAAAUACCAUGACAUUAAAAAUGACACCGUGUCAGUGAACUUUAUUAUUCCAGGGUUUAGGUUCCAGGGACUAUUCAUUCAUUAUCUAGCCAUUUGAUAUUCUCUGUGUGUUGCCCUGUGAGCUUCUGUUACCUGUGUGUUUUGAGUCUGGGCAAUUCAUGUAUUCACAAUUUAAUGUAUCAGUAUUACAUUAUAUUUUGAAAGUGGAAUAACUAUUCUCUUUAUUAUUUGUUAUAAUGAAUAACAGAUCUUUUUUUUUUUUUUAUCCCACAAGAAUGUCACUCACACUCACCACUCCUUUGCCUGUCGGAACAUUUUAUAGUAGAAAACCAAUGAUGAAAUCCAGUAGAGAGAGUGCCCCCUCCCACCACUUCACUUCAGAAAUCCAGAGACUCAGAGGCUUACUUUAUUAACAGAGGUUCUGUCUCAGUUCAUAUUGUUUUGAUUGUUAUUUCAAUGUUUGGAAUGAGAAUGCUAUGACUAAUUCCGGAAACAUUUCUGUUAGUUUAGGUUCUCACCACACUCACGCUGUUUCCAGAGUGGCACUCAUUGGCUGGGUACCCAUGUCUCUUUUUCCUGCUCCUAUUCGCUCUGUUUUGUGUGCUGUGGUUUUGUUUCCCUGAACUUUUUAAAACCCUAAAUCUCACAACACUUUUGACCAACGAUCAACUAAAAAGGGCUUUUUUGGUUGUAGAAUCCUCAUUUGUAAAUAUAUUUCUUUUAUGUAAAUCUUUUUUUGGUGGUGUCGUAAUUUAUAAACAAAAUGUAAAUAAUUUGUCCCUUUUUAUGUAUUGUUUUAGUUUGUUUAGUUGUUUUUUUAAAUGAUAUAACUUGUUGUAGUAACUGAUAACACUUCAGAACCAGAAGGGUGAGUAAUAUAAGUUGAUGAAAGAAUGGCGUUGCAGAUGUGAUUGUGUUUUUUUUUUGGUUUUUGUUUUUGUUUUGUUUUUGAUUUACUUUCUGUUUCUCUCUUCAUAUCUUUCUUCAGUACACACAUGCAUGAUGUAGAGACAUUUUCACAGUCAGGACUUCUCCUGGAAUUAGCACAGUCAGCAAUAUAUCUCAGAAAGAGAUUAGAAAAAAACCUUUUUUGCCGUUUUGAUAUUUUGUUUUUUAUUUAAGCAUUGAAAAAAGAAAUAAAUUCUUGCCCAAGCAUUGAAAAAAGAAAUCAGUUCUUGCCCAUUUCUCAUGAAGUGCAUGGCUUUCCCAUCGUUCAUAGACAGACUUGCCCUUUGGAGGGGACCAGAGCUGCUGCCCUUUCUUUGCGCUGUUUAUGAAGAACCGUUGGGUCUCAGUGGUGCCCCCUAUCAGAUCUGUAAGAGAGCUGCAUGCAUUUUUUGUAGCAGAAUACUCAAGUGGUGCAACAUAGUCUUACUCUGACACAAUCUGAAGACAGGACCUUGACAUUAGUAUUUGAAAUGACAAAUAUAUUCCCGUCACUCAUGGGUAGAGGCAGUCCACAUCUGCAGAUAACAGAAUUCCUCCAGGAUCACGGAAUUUGCAGGCUCCCGUGGAAUUCACGUUCUUCCACAGAAUUUGCGUUUUUCCACAAAUUCGCCAUAUUCUACAGCUACAUCGUUACUAUAAUUAUCAUAAACACUGCUAAAGUGACCUGAAACAUAUAACUGAGUAGUUUUAAAUCAACAGAUGUUUUAUCUCCUUCAAAACGUAGGAGUUAAUUAAAGACUAGAAGUCUUGAAAAUGUGUCCCAGUAAGAAGCCUCAUGUGAUGUGAGGAUUUUGUUUGACAGUUUCUAAUGAUUUUACUUGCAUAAAUGUUUGCUUUAUUAAAUUGGAAGUACUUAACCCAUAAAUUAUUUGAUAUGAUUAUGUUAACUUGAUUUGCAUAAUUGUAAGCCAUUAUUAAUACAAAUACUAAAUGCAUAAGAUGUUCCUCAGGUAGCUGCUUCAUUUCUGCAGUCUGGACAGCCUCUAGUCAUGGUCUGUCAUCCCAUACACUGAAGGGCAUACAGCACAAGCUGGGUCUAGUAAUAAUGAAAUCCUAAACAACGGGACGCAUUUCUAGUCAGAACUGGCUGAUGUUUGGUCAUAGUGAAUGUCAGAUUAGAAACACCCCAUGUCUUGUUUAUCAGUGUUUUACAUUUGAGUUUAUAUAAAAAAAAAAAAAAAACAUUGAAAACCCUUGUGAACACAAAGCAUUAUUUUUAAAGGCCGUUUAACUGAGACACCAUUGAAACCUUUUGGGUAAACAGUUGGUUGUACUAUCAUAUACAUGUUCAAUAAAGUAAAGCACACUGUUGACUUGUAUUUAUACUUCACUUUGUUUUCACAUGUAGAAAAACAAUGUGAGAAUGUGUUUUGGUUUGUUUAAAGCUCCUUUAGCUGCAGUUUAAGUACCUGUCAACCUUACAGUUGAAAUCUAACACACUGCAUUUCUACAUGCCAGUAGAGUCUGCUGCACAGUCUCGGACUUUGCUUUUAUAUUGUUGUUGUCUUGUGUUUUGGAAAGUAUGGCAUCAAAAACAGGGAGAGUUGCUUUGAAUAUUCCGCUCUAAGAAAGCUUGCAAAAUAUAUAGACAAUCCUAUGAAAAGAUGAAAAGGGCAGCUUCUUGUGCUUGAGUGUUACUCGACUUGGUCCUUAUAGGCAUUUAUUUUUGAAUUGCUGUUUUAUCUGAUACAUAGUCUGUUAAAUAACAACAAUAAAACAUUUAAAGUCUUUCUAAAAUGACAGCAGGUAAAGUGCUACUGGGCAAGCUUUAGGACCAACCCGUCCCGCACAUUAAUCAAAGGUCCAAACUUCAACCCACUGAAACUGGCACAACUAAAUACAGAAGAAAUACCUCUGAUGUGUACUGAUAGAGCUAAUCUGGGAUCCUUUUCAGCUUUCUUCGAGUGGUCCACUAAUAAGAUUUCCAAGAAGCCAUGCAUUUGAGCCGUCUCUGUGCAGGACUUGUACACGGGUGCAGAGGUGUUCAUAAUAACAGGUAAUAUGAAACGCUUCACUCAGGAUCCAGUGUGGGGAUCUAGCUUAUUCCACAAUUAGAGUGACAGUGGUGGGACUACAGGGUUGUUGUUUUUUCUGGAGAUUAGUGCUAGAUUUGCUUAGGGUAGCCCGGGGAAUUAAGGGAAGUGCCCUCUGAUUUAUCAGUAAGCUUGAAUCCUGUCAGGGUAGAUUGCUGUUGCUUGUGAUUGUUCGGAAACAACCAAACCCGUGUAAGCAGCUCCAGUGCUGAAUCUCUUUGGGUUAGUUACUCGGAUCUCUAUGUCCAGUCCAAGCUGCAGCAGCGUCUCAGUGAGGAGUCUUCGAGGCAACGUAGCUCUAGCCCUUUGCUUACAAGCAAAGCCAGCACAACUGCAGGACAGCAUCAGACUGCAGGAUAGUGAGGACAUAAGAGAGUGUGGUUACGCUGACCUCCCAGCAUUGUCAUCCCGGGUUCACAGAUGGCAAACUGGGUGAUUCCUGCAGACUGGGAAGCAUUUCAAGGCGCCUGACUCCAAUUCCGUUGCAUGGAAAUAGUUUUAAAGAAGAUGUAAUGGGGGAAAAAAAAAAGUAGAUUUUUUUUUUUUGUUUUUGUUUUUUAAUUAUUACCUCAUUUUGGCAGGUUUCAUGUUUCAAAGCAAGAUGAUGCAUUAUUUAUGUUCGUAUUGUAACCAAAUAAGAAUUUUCUUUGGCUCAAAUUUUGUAUCACUAAGUUAUA